UUGGAGCAGAGCGUCAAUAGUUACAUAGCAGGAAUAUAUAACAGCGGCUGUGAAUGACGUAUUCGCAGCACAGACGUACUCGCAGACAGUCGAAAUGUUGGGAACAUCGAUUUCCUUCCCCCACUGUUCGGAAGAAUUGCCGGCGCACUACAUGCAAGUUCAGAAGCGCCAGUCGAGUGCCGAACUUCGUUCGGUUAAUACAGCCAUGGCAACGUGUUAUCCUUCAUACGAGUUAUCAACUCCAACUUCCAGAACUGUGCAAGUGCCUGUUCAAAAGGAUUAUUCGCGACCGCUUCACGUCGAUUGCAGUGUCGAGUACGAACUACCGAAUCAGGCGAAGCCUCCGCAAGGCGUCAGAAACGAACCCUUACUAAUGAUCCACCCGUGUUACUUCCGGAAAAUCGAAAGUCAGCGUAGAAGUCCUUUUGUGAAUAAUUUACCACAAGCGACGCGACAACCGUCGGCCACCAAAAGGAGAGCCGUGCGGACGCAACAGCAACAAAUUCCUCAGCAGGCAGCGCAAUACCCGAUACAGUACGCUACGGCCGUCACCGCGGCCACCGAAAGACACCACCAGCAGCAACAGCAACAACAGCCACCCCAACAGCAGCAGCAACAACACAUACUGCAUCACCACCACCAUCAGCAGCAGCUCUGGGAACCGAUGCCUCCGUUAGUGCCAAUAUCGGCGGCCGCAGCUGUGCAACAAAGUUACUGUAAAAGAGAGGCCGCGGCGGCCGCGAUGGUUUCGGGUUGUGCGACCUACAGUUCUGGAUCUGGAGAUUCCGGACAUUGGACAGAUCCCGACAGGUCACCCGACAGACCUGAGGAUAAACAUAUACUUUCGGGUAAAUAUCGACAGUACCUUCGAGCUCAUAGACUUCAUCCUUACGUUAGCUCGGCCAUUCCGAUAGCCUCCACGUUCCCACAGAUUCAGCAAGUUUGUUAUAAUGUGUGAUCGCUGUGAUGUGAUACGGAACUCUUGUGAUAAUAGUCUAUAAUGUAACGGAAGUGCGCAGGCGUCCGGCUCCGGGCGUGGUAGUGAUCCAACAGCUGUGCAGCCAGCGACCUAUGUUUUUUUUUUCCUAUUUAAUUCCUCUGACCUUUGGUUUUUUUACGAUUCAUUACGCGAUAUGAGAAAAAGACGACUUUAACUGUAACACGUAAUUCAUUCAACUGUCUGUCUGUAGUGCGACAACGCUUAUAUUUAUAUAGGCCAAAUUUCGUAUAUAGAUAUUAAAUCGGGACGAAUGUGAAUUCUGUGCGGGUGCGAAACCGCCGUUAGUCUUUCCGACGGGAAAACGUAGUGCAUGCGAGUCUUUCUACUACGAUCGGGCACAGAUUCGUAUUCGUCGCAAAUUUCCUAUUUUGUAUCGUGUAAUUCCCAAAAGUGUCUGUGCGCAGUGCGACAAAACAUAUAUUGGUCAGACUGCAAAUAAUCAUGCUAUCAAAAUUGAAAGGUCCCAGAUUUCUUGCUGUAAGCGUGUACUCUUCGAUGAAAAAUUUUUAAAGUUCUUAGAAGUCUGUCCCAACGUCUUUCACUAGUUUUAGGUAGGAUUUCAAAUUGAGAAAGAAGGUAUUUCUUAAAGUAUUAUUUAUUGAACUGACGGGAUUUAAUUCGCUCUUCAUCAUAAUUCCAUUGUGUUUGACAUUUUUAAGUGGGUGUUUCUCUGUUUAAUUCAGCAAUUCAAACAAUAGGUUUUUGAAAAGAAAAAAGUUACCGGUUUUAGAACAAUGCACAAUGCUCUUUGUUACGUAUACUACGCGAAACGUUCUGCAUGUUUCCGGAAAAAAGACGCUUAUAUUAAGAACUCAUUACGGGCCGAUUUAGAUAUAAUUGAAAAUGCUGACUGUAAAAUGUAUGUUAUCAACGGCUUGCCGUCGGACGCGUCGGUAUCCACCAAGUUUAUUUAUAAAAGUUGUCAAUGUCCACUUAGGCUUGUUAAUGUUAAAUGUUACGCCACUAUCGGCAUCCAUAACUUUUCCCACAAAUAAUCCAAAAAUUACAAAAAAAAUCAGUCGUAGAUUGCAGGCGUUUUUCAAUUGUAUAAAGCAGACUGCUAGAUCGCAUCUUAGUUUAUAAAAUUAGUUUUGAAUUGUAUUUAAAAGUCCACCUUCCUUUCUGUUUUAUGUUACUGUUGCCAUAAUACGUGUUUGGGAAAUGUUACUUCCACUAGCAAACGCGUUUCUGUACUUUACGUUUUAGAGGAAAAAUGUGUCAAAUUUAUAGCUUAGUGAACAGUCCUAGUGAUAGUAAUAUUUCUUUCGAUAGCACAGUAUACCAAAUAAGUAUGUACAAAGUAAAACAAAAACGGUAAAAAAUUUGAGGGCCACAAAGCGUAGUCAAAUCCCGAAAAGGAACUGACAUGAACAUUUUUAAUCAACUUUUGAGACUUUAUUUUUUUAGACUGGAAUCUUAUCAAAUUGCCCUUCGUCUAGAGUAGUUUCGGGAAGCUUUUGGCUCGCAAGUUUUGUUUUCUAUGAAAUAUUUAAACGGCACCGAUAGCAUGAGAUCUGACUUAUAACUUAUACAUUCUCUAUGGCUAAAUAGCUAGACCAAAGAAUAUCUAUCAAGUGUAUAUAUUUAACAAAAAACUGAAAAAACCAAUCGGACUCGUCCGAUUCGAAAAAAAUUGUGAAUAUGUAUAAAGUAUUGCUAUAUAUAAUGUACAGCUAGUCAUAGGCAAAAUACGCUUAUAAAAUAUGAAUAAAACGUGUUAAUGUUUUUAUAGAAUCAUCAGCAGUUUCUUUUCUGCAUUCCCAAUCAAUAAAAUUGGAAUUCGAA